ACAUAACUGUUGAGUUAUCAUCUUCAUGUGGCCUUACCCAAUCGACAUGGUAUCCAUACCAAUCCUUUCCCUCAUCGUUCUCUUCCUCGUCUUCUCCGCCGGCGUUCAAUUCUCCGUCGCCGAUGAGCCGGUUCCGGCACCAUGGCCGGAGCAGUUCCACGCGUUGAUGUUGAUGAACAAAUCUGGGUCUCUAGAGAUAGUGGACCUCUGGUACGAUUGGGUCAAUGACCGUAACUUUAAUAUCAUUCAGAAGCAGCUUGGUAAACUCACCUACGACCUUGAAUGGAACAAUGGCACCUCUUUCUACUAUACCCUCGACGCUUCAAGAACUUGCCGUACCGUUCACUUCGAGGUUGGAAUCCUGAGACCAAAUUGGCUAGAUGGAGCAAAGUAUUUGGGUCAACGACAUGUGAAUGGGUUUCUCUGCAACGUGUGGGAGAAGGUUGACUUCUUGUGGUAUUAUGAGGAUGUUGUAAGCAAGAGACCUGUUCAAUGGAUCUUCUAUACAGGUAGAGAAGCUCAUGUGAUGACAUUUGAAGUUGGAGCUGUCUUAGAAGACGAGAAAUGGCAGGCUCCUGUCUACUGUUUCCACAAUGACAAUAAGAACAGUGAGUAGUGAGGAAUUGUGUUUCAUAAUGUGUAGAGUUUCAUUGAGGAGAAUUUUGGUCUUUAACAAAAACUUUAUUAUGUAGACUUUUUUGAUAGUGGAGCAUAAAUAAAAGUAGACGUCUUAAUCCACAAGGCUUUAUUGGGCUUCACUAUCUUCUA